CCAAGACGUCCCACGGUUCGAGCGCAGCUGCCGGGACCUGGAGGUGGGGGCGAGCCAGAUGGUCUCCUACAACUCGUACCAGAGGACCUGCUUCGGAGGCAUCAGGAAGCCGGACGCGGGGCCGCUGCAGGCGGAGGUCACGUGCGCAGAUGGCUACGUGCCACGCGACCACAUCCCGUCCGUCACGAUGAUCUGCCAGCACAGAGGAGGCAACGACUACGAGUGGCUUCAUGGGGAACAGGGCUUCGUACCUCAGCAUCUAAUCUGCGUUGUGCCACCUUCGACCACCGAGCCGCCAACGACAACAACAACCACAACAACAGAAUCUUUCCAGCCUUACAAUGAGCCUGGAUAUGACUAUGGAUACGAUUACAGUGAGUCAAAAGUUCCGAUUUCUCGUUUUCUUUCGUUGGUGAAUAUAUUUUAGAGGGAUAACGGAUUC